AUGAACAACCUGCCUAGGGAAGAAAGAAUGAAGCCAGAAAACAUUAUCCUUGUCGGUGUCAUGCCUGGUCCAAAGGAAGCGAAGAUCGACCAGAUGAACAACUUCUUGGAACCUCUGGUAGACGAGCUGGUAGAGUUAUACGGCGGCAUAACUAUGAAAACUCCAGAGUUCCCCAAUGGUACUAGUAUCUGCGCUGCUCUUAUGUGUGUUGCUUGCGACAUACCUGCUGCAAGAAAGACUGCUGGAUUUACAGGAUUUGCAAGUACAAACGCCUGUCACAUAUGCAAGCGUCAUUUCACUGUUGUUGCUGGAACAAGUAAGAUCAAUUAUUCUGGAUUCGAUCAUGAGAACUGGGUCUCCCGAACAAAAGAGGAAAAUGCAACCGAAGCUGAGAUGUGGUUCUGCGCAGAAUCUGAUGUAGAGAGAGCUGUUUUGGAGAAGCAGCAUGGCACCCAUUUUUCCGAGUUGCAUUGCCUACACUACUUUGAUCCCGUCCGAUGCAUGAUUGUUGAUCCCAUGCACAAUUUGUUUCUUGGGACAGCAAAGCGUAUGAUCAGUGUUUGGAAAGACCUGAGGUAUCUCCCAACUGCUGUUCUCGUCCGUAUGCAACGUCUUGCCGAUGGUAUUCUUGUUCCUCCUGGGUAUGCCGUUUUAUCAACAAAGAUCGAAUCUGGUUUCCCGUAUAUGAAGGCAGACAAGUGGCGAUCGUGGUGUCUGAUUUAUUUGUUGGUGAUACUAAAAGACGCUUUGCCUGAAGACGACUACAAAAACUGGACUCUCUUUGUAAAAGCAUGCCGAAAGUUGACCGGUCCUUCAGUCACAUAUUCAGAAAUUGACAGCGCACACCAGCUCCUUGGAGAAUUCGGAAAAGAGUGUGAGACUCUUUAUGGAGAGAGCAGCAUCACGCCAAAUAUGCACUUGCAUAUGCACUUGCGUGAGUCAAUGCUUAAUUUUGGUCCGGUAUACGCAUUCUGGCUGUAUAGCUUCGAGAGAUACAACGGCAAGUUGAAGAACAUCAAGACGAACCGUCGCAAUGGUCUUGAGGUCACCUUCAUGAGAGUCUUCCUGGAGAAAGCAUUCAUUGGUAGCUUUCUUUGA